CAUAUGUAUAUUGAAUCAAUAAUGUCGCAUGUGACACAAAAAUGACAAGGAACAAAAAAAAAAGCAUUAAAUAUAUUGCCGUCUGUUUUAGCGUGUUCAAUAAUUGAAUUGAACAUAAUUCCUACAAAAAUCGUAAUAAAUCUCAAAUGAAUAAAAGACAUAAUCUCCAAACCGUGGGACAUAAAGAAGCGUUGAAUGUCAUGUCUAUUCUAUCCUUAGUCAAUGCUUUUACGUAUCUACGGCGUCUUCGUAAGUUAAUUACGAAUAUUGACAUUUCGAAGAAGUUGUUGCACGUUUUUGGUUCUUAUAAAACAUAUUGUAUUUGUAAUCACUUUGUGUUAUAUGUACAAUAUAUGUGAAAUUGAGACGUUAUGUUAGGGUUUCUCCAAUCGCAAUAUUCAAACGAAAUAUCAGUGAAAAAAGUAGUGUAAAUUGUUUCCAGAACAAUAUAAUUAAACAUGUCAACUCUAGAAGAUAAGAUUUUAGGCGAAAAAUUACACUAUUACUGUAGUAGUUCUAGUGAAGAUGAAAAUGAUUCUACAAAUUCUGAUAAAGAAACAGAAAAUGAGAAAUAUCCGCAAAUCAUUACAGAUUCCAUAGAACCAUCAUUUUCAGAAUGGGAUGGCACUUCCAGUAAUACAGGACCUAAGGGUGUUAUAAAAGAUUGGCAACGGUACAAACAACUGCAAGUAGAAAAGAGAAAGGAACAAGAAAAAGAAAGGCUUCAGUUAAUAAAGAAACUGAGUCUAACAUGCCGCAGUUCUUUAGAUGAGGAAAAAGAGAAAAUUAUGCAAAGUGAUCCUGAUCUUGCUGAAUUACUAACUGAUGAAUUUCUUUUAGAGUAUCAGAAACAAAGGAUGAAAGAAAUGCUUACAAGAACUGAGAAACUUCAUUUUGGUAGAGUAAUUAAUUUGGAAACAGCAGAUCAAUUUUUAGAAGCAAUUGACAAUGAAGAUAAAUCAGUGACAAUCGUUGUUCAUAUUUAUGAACCUAAUGUCCCUGGCUGUGAAGCUAUGAAUGGUUCUUUAAUAUCUGUUGCAGAAGAUUAUCCUUUUGUAAAAUUUUGUAAAAUUUUAGGUUCAGUAGCUGGACUCAGUAAACAUUUUAAGAAAGAAGGAGUUCCAGCUCUAUUAGUUUAUAAAGCUGCUCAAGUAAUAGGAAAUUUUGUUCACGUAACAGAUUAUUUAGGAGUAGACUUUUAUGCUUCUGAUGUUGAAGCCUUUUUAAUUGAACAAGGGAUGCUUAUUGAUAAAAACUGUAUACCUGUUAUCACUUCACAUAAUGAACAUGCGUUAUCUGACAGUGAAUAAAUGAAAGAAACAAA